AUUUUCACUAGAUUCAAGAAACGCUUGCUGUGGAAGGACCACAAAAAUAUAAACGAUUUAACAGAAAGGAAUCACAAAGACUCAAAUAUGCAUUUGAUAUUUAAUUGUUUUGUUAUAUUAGCUUUCAUUAGGAUUAAUUGCAUUUCUUCAGAGCCAGUAGCAGAUUGCUUGCAAAAUGAGAUAGGGACUCGAUACAUUGGUGACAAUGCAAAUCAAUGUGUGUACUAUGUAUGUACGAAUGGGUUUUCUGACUAUGCACCCUGGCCAUGCGCCCCUGGAUCUGGUGUCCCCUGGGGUUUCAAUGAUAUUAGCAAUCCCUGCAUUUUACGCACUCGUUUCUGCAAUGGAUUAGUAGGCGGUGGCGGAAUGUUACCCCCUGCUCCUGUGCCAAGGCCCGUUCCUGCACCAGUACCUACCCCAGCCCCAUCGCCAACUAUCCGAGUACCAGUCCCGGUCCCAGUACCCGUACCCGUUCCACAGCCCGUACCCGUACCCGUACCUGUUCCCGUACCAGCCCCAACACCUUCAGUUCCUAUAAUACCAGAUACAGGAUGUCCUCAACCAUUCUUGAAGAUCCCGAACACCAAUAUAUUCGGUGGACAAGAACAGCCUUCCAAUAUCGAUACUGCUAAUCUUUGUAAAUAUCAAUGUCUGUUUAUAAUGCCCACAUGUACUGCUGCCGACUUUGAUACAAGGAUAAAAAGGUGCUACCUACAUUUUUCUACAUCCGGGACUGCCAAUCCCAACAUGUUCGGGAUUGAUCAUUAUGCCAAGACUGUUUGUACACAACCCACAACUCCAAUACCUGCUACAACUGUAGCACCCCAGCCAACGCAGGGUGCAACCACUGGGGCGCCUACCCAACCUGCUCCAACUACUGCUGUACCAGCCCCUGUUACGCAAGCUCCGCCUUCUGGUGGACUCCCCUCGGGUUAUGUGUCGAUGAGUGUCGGGUUUCAUAUUCAAGGUGGAACACUAGCCAAUCCGAAUACCUCGGUGACAGCAGAGCAGUGCCUUCAGGCCUGCCACAGUAUUAACAUAUGCCUCGGUGUCGAUUACAAUAGUGCUGAUGGCACAUGUUGGUUCCAUAAUGCCCUCACGGCAUGUAACCCACUAAUACCAAAAGCAAACUGCAUCCAUUAUAAACGAGUAUCGUGUUUGAUCCCCAUGUCAAUUAUUCAAAUCAACCCUGGAUUCCACAUCAAUGGGGGAACAGAAGUGUGCAGAGGAUGUACCCUGGAUGCCUGUCUUCAAGAUUGUAACCUUGACCCCUUGUGUCAAGGUGUGGAUUAUAAUGCGAACUCCAACGCACGGGCAUGCUACAAACAUUUCAACCAGACAGUAUGUAACCAGCUCAUUAUGAAACAGGACUGCACGCAUUACAAGAAGCAAACGUGUACGGGAACAGGAGCACCAGUUAUGCCUACCCCAGGGCUUCCCCCAGGCACCAGGGCUGCGCCAAUGGGAACGUUCACAGUCAUUCAGUUCCCUGGACCAAAUACAAUACCGACUAACUCGCUGGCCUACCCAGGCUCGCAGAUUCUAGGAGGUGCCUAUAGAUUUGAUGGGAUGACCGGACAAGAGUGUAUCGAUGCCUGUUUCAAUGACCCUCAGUGCUUAGGGACUGACUUCAACUCUGGAGACGGAACAUGUUGGAUCCAUGAUUCAACCACUAUAUGUAACGCCCUUAUUCAGGCCAACAAUGUUUACCAUAUUAAAAGAACGCAAUGUCCGGCGCCGUACCCCGCACCAACACCUUAAUAUUACUUCCAUGGAAGUGACAAACACUCACAUCAAUCUUAAUGAACCUACAUGGAUAGGUGUAUUUACUGCAGAGAUAAACUGUAAAUCAAUUCCUAUCGGGACAGUGUAUAGGAAAUAUAAAUAUUAUCAAAAACCACAAUUUCCGAAUAUUUGUGUUAUAAAAGAUCCUGGAAAUGAGUCAACUUCUUACCGAAUGAGCUAUAUAUAUAUAUAUAUUGUAUUAUCUAGGAUAAACUAAGCUCGUUCUAAGCGAUCGAAUUGGAUAAACCAAAAUGUGACAAACAUGUAUCUUUAAAUGGCUUAGUCGUAUGAUAGAACUGAAAUAAAAUAUUGAAACGAAAUUACGAUCGUAUCAUUUCGAUUUGAUACACAUUAUCCCCCCUACAAACUCGAAACGAUGUAUCAACAAUUACUUCAAAGGACUAGGUUAACUUUCACAAAGUUAUUAUAAUUGUUGUAAAUAUAUGUCAAAGAAACAUCUGAAAAGUGCAAUCAGACAUAUGAGUUUCGUGUGAUAUUAAAUGUGUAGAUAUCAUUAAACUCUUAGAAAACGUAAUUGUACCAUAUACAUAUGAAUAAUAAUACAAUGAAUACGGUAUAAAGGAAAUAGAGAAAUAAGGACCACAUAUAAGUAUAUUACAAUAAACAGUUAUAUAUUCUCAGCUUGUAUUCGCUUGAAUGCAACUCUCAGUUGUCGGCUAUCGCACUACUAUUUAAACAUGAAUAGUACAUGCCACUAUUCUUUCAUUAAGCCGGUAGCUGAUUGCCGAAAGUUGCAGUCGCGAAUACAAUCUCAGUAGUUUGUUGCAUUUGUAUUUCUGACUUUAUUUUUUAUUGAUGUUCUUUUUUCCCUAUGAGGAAGCUAUGCUACACAUUUUAAGAGAACUUGU